GGCGGAUGAAUUUUGGGCAAACGAGGCCGCCGUUGGAGGGGCGUGGCAACGCACUAGCGUUCUGGCCGAUGCAGUUCACGUGCGGGCAGCAGGGGAUCUUCUUAGAGCUACCAUGGCCCAGCCGGGGACUUUGAACCUCAAUAACGAGGUUGUGAAGAUGAGAAAAGAAGUGAAGAGAAUCCGAGUUUUGGUUAUCCGAAAACUUGUCAGGAGUGUUGGCAGACUGAAGUCAAAAAAGGGUACCAAAGAUGCACUGUUGAAAAACCAAAGACGAGCACAACGAUUGCUCGAAGAAAUUCAUGCCAUGAAGGAGUUGAAACCUGAUAUAGUAACUAAAUCUGCUCUUGGUGAUGAUAUCAACUUUGAAAAAACCUGCAAAAAGCCUGAUUCUACUGCAACUGAAAGAGCAGUUGCCAGACUAGCAGUGCACCCUCUUCUGAAGAAAAAAAUAGAUGUGCUAAAAGCUGCUGUCAAAGCCUUUAAAGAUGCAAGACAAAAUGUUGUUGAAGUUAAGUCAUCAAAGAAUGCUUCAGAAGAAAAUGAUUCCAAGGACACUUUGUGUUCAAACGACGAUGCCAGUAAGUUACAGCAUGAAGGAACUAUUAUCAGUGAGCAAAAAGAGAAAGAAGCCAAAAUAUUGGCAAAGAAACCAAUAAAUAAUUCAAAAGAAAAUAUAGCCAAGAUGGAACAUGGACCCAAAACAGUGGACAUUCCAAAUUCUCUAUCAAAGCCUUCUGAAAAAGAUUCUGCAGUACCCUCUGAACCCCAGAAGAUACCUGCUGACCCCAAAAUGAAAACAUUUAGUCAAACCAAGAAAGAGAAAGAGUCCAGUAGCUCACUUGGUGUUAACAGUGAUGGAGAAGAAUUACAUGAAGAAGAGAAGGAAUAUUUUGAUGAUAGCACAGAAGAAAGGUUUUACAAACAGUCUUCCAUGUCUGAGGAUAGUGAUAGUGGUGAUGACUUCUUCAUUGGGAAAGUCAAACGGACACGGAAGAAGGAAAGUAGUUGUCAUUUUUCAGUUAAGGAACAAAACCCCCCCAAAAAAUUGUUGCCUGAAGAAGAUAUACUUGAAACCCAUCAGGAUAUGAGAAGUGAUAAAAACAAGCCACGUACAGAAGCAAGGAAGUUUGAAUCAGUGUUUUUCCAUUCUUUAUCUGGAUCUAAAAGCUCUGGAAGAAAUUACAGUGAACAGGCUCCAAGAAGCAAAACCCCAGAUUUUCAGCAAAUUGAACCUCAGAUCAAUAAUCAGUUUAAUAAGAGUGCACAAAGAGGAUCUGAAAAUACAAAACAGAAAUCACAGCUGCCUCUUCAUCCUUCAUGGGAAGCAAGCCGGAGGCGAAAAGAACAGCAAUCCAAAAUUGCUGUGUUUCAGGGGAAAAAAAUUACCUUUGAUGAUUGAUUAGUACUAUUUUUUUGUGAACUUCUCUAUCUAAAAUUUGUUCUUCUUUUUUUAACCUUUCUUCUUUUUUUUUAACCAGCCCAUUAUUUAAAUAUGUAUUUGAAGAAGUCUCUUUGAGUUUGGUUUUGUCUUUUUUUUUUUUUUAAGUGUGUUCAAGUUAUGUUUAAGCUUCCACAAAUCAAGUGGAUACUUAAAUUAAUUUUAAAUAUGUCAAGACUAUUCCCUCUAUAAAAGAAUAUUGAGAUGUUGGCUGUCCCAGAUUUUCUCAUUUGUGCUAAUCAUGAAGCAUAUUUCACUAGUUUAGCUGUAUGUUUCUUUACUUUGAAAAUAAAUGUUGAGGUAUAUUUAAAAUAAUAAUGGAAAAAUAUGAGGAAAUUGUAGCUAUCUAAAAUAGAUCAUUUUUGCUGAAAAUUGUUCUUGUUAG